AUGGGCAACCUACCACACCAACGCAUCCUUUCUGGUUUUCCAUUUCAAAAUAUUGGACUAGACUAUGCGGGACCAAUUCAAUCUGUUUCUCGCCAUGGCCGUGGUUGUAAAAUUGUAAAGGUGUAUAUAGCUAUUUUUAUUUGCUUCGCGACUAAGUCAAUUCAUCUUGAAUUAGUGGUCAGUGACAUGACUUCCAAGGCAUCAUAA